CAAUGGCAGUCGUCAGAUGCCAUAGUCGUAUACGUAUACUUGUUCCAUUUUGUUGUGCUGGUCGUUUGUUAGGUAGGUAGCAAUAGUUUCGCGUUUCACCGUUCAUUCCAUUAAGUGAUUUCUGUAGUUCGUCAUCCGUUUUAAAAUAUGUAUUAAACCUGUAAAGAAUUUAGUGCGAAAUUUAAUUCAAAUAUAAUUUACGCAUGUGUAUAGAAUAAAUAAUUAAUUCGUGUGUUUGUGAUAUUCGUGUUUAUAAAGUGACAAUGAUGAAAACUGCAAUGAUUUACUACAAAAAUAUUGGAUUACAAUAAAUUCUUACUAUAAUAUAAAUAUUGCAAUGGACAAUUGGAAUUGUACGGAUGUGUGAUUGAUUACCCAGAUGUCUAGCGCCAAUCAGGCAAACAUUAAAAGUAAAGUAUGACGCACGCAAGUCGUUUAUCGCCGGUAAUAUGCCCUCUAGCAAAGUUGGGACGGUCGUCUCCUGGUUCUCUGGAGUUUACACCAUCCGUUCGAAACACGCCGUUUCACCACCCGUACACGGUACUAGAAGCCGAGACUAGCUUUACGUACAGCCCGACGCUACGGUGUAGUUCGCCGUGUUUGGACCAAGGUUACCAUACGUUAGUGACCGGCAGUGGUGUCGGUGAUUGCGCCAAUCUGCCACUUCACUCUACAGCUACCAAGCACCGGCGGUCGCAGUCACGGACGGUCAUCGGUUCGAACUUCGAUCGGCUUCGAGAUGAGCUGGUGCUCAAGAUAUUCUCGUAUCUAAACAGCGCGGACCUUUGCGCGUGCGCGGCUGUGUGCCACAGAUGGGAGAACCUCGCGUGGGAGCCUGUCCUGUGGCGGACGAUCGCGCUGUGCGGCGAGAACACCUGCGGCGACAAGGCGGUCAGGUGCGUGUUGCGCCGGCUGUGCGGCCGUACCAGGACCGGAGCGUGUCCGGAGGUGCAGAGGUUGUUUCUCAGCGACGGCACUAAGAUAUCCGACAAGGGAUUGACGGCGUUGGCAAGGCGGUGUCCCGAGCUCACGCACGUCCAGCUCCACGGCAGUCCGAACAUCACCAACGCGGCCAUAUCCGAGUUGGUCGCCCGCUGCCCUAACUUACAGCAUCUGGACGUCACCGGUUGUGUUAAAGUAAGCACCGUUGGAGUAUAUAGUCGUCCGGAACCAUCACUGAGACUGUGCCUGCAGUAUUUGGACUUAACUGACUGCCAGCUUGUCGACGAUGCAAAUCUGUGUGUGAUCGUUAGUAAUUGUCCACAACUAGCUUACUUGUACCUGCGGCGAUGCACUAAAGUAACAGACGCCGGUAUCAAGUUCGUGCCCAGUUUUUGUUCGGCGCUGAAAGAGCUGAGCGUGUCGGACUGCCACCAAGUGACCGAUUUCGGGCUGUACGAGCUGGCCAAACUGGGCGCACUACUGCGGUACCUGUCGGUGGCCAAGUGCGAUCAGGUAAGCGACGCGGGACUGAAGGUGAUAGCGCGCCGGUGCUACAAGCUGCGGUACCUGAACGUGCGCGGUUGCGAGGCGGUCAGCGACGACGCCAUCACCGUGCUAGCGCGGUCGUGCGCCCGGCUCCGCGCGCUUGACAUCGGCAAGUGCGAUGUGAGCGACGCGGGCCUCCGGGCGCUGGCCGAGAGCUGUCCCAACCUGAAGAAGCUCAGCCUCCGCAACUGCGACCUGGUCACCGAUCGCGGCAUACAGCUGAUUGCGUACUAUUGCCGCGGGCUGCAGCAGCUCAACAUACAAGACUGUCAGAUAUCCGUGGACGGGUACAAGGCCGUGAAGAAGUACUGCAAGCGGUGCAUCAUCGAACACACCAAUCCCGGUUUCUUCUAAACGGCCACGUUGUAUAUACUUGGGUUGUACACCGAGUGAUCCAUUUAACGUUAAACAGUAGACACUUGUUAUUUCAAAGAACUAUCAAUGUUUUUGAAAAUAUUUUCUCUCGUGAUUUUAAAUUUAAUAAUUUGCAUUUAAGUACUCUAAAAAAUAAUCUGCUUUGAAUUGAGGAAUCGAAAAUGAACGUUGUCAUAAAAAAAAAAUCGAAAAAUUCUUAUUUUCAUAUAAAAAUCUUGUUAAAAAUAUUUUCAAAAACGUUAAUAGUUUUUGAAAUAAAUAACAUGUGUGUCAUAAUAAAUGGACCAACCGUUAAACUUGAGACGUGUAGGUACAUAUAAGGCGGCGCGGUUCUGUAAAAUGUAUGACGUAUGUGUAUUAAUGUCUCAUAAUGAAUAGAAUAAUAAUUAUAAAAAUUAUAUAAAAUAAUACGUAAGUCGACGUGGGACGGGUACGGUGAUUAAAAUUAUCUAUUUAAUAUUAUUGUUUAGUCGCAAAUAGUCUAUUAUUUGGGGCUCUUUGAGGUUAGGUUAUUCAUGUAAGAUUAAUAAAUAGUACCUAUCGACCUGCAAAAUACCGCAAGACGAAAAAAUAAUAUAAAAUUUGAAAUUUGAGUUUUUCGCUGUAUUUGCAUUUGUGCUAGCGAAUAAUAUUAUAUCAAAUUUUAAAUCAUCGUCACCUACGUCGAUACGUUCAAUUAAUUUAGUUAUUUGUAAGUUUAAAUGACGAACCUUAUAGCUGACACUGCCUAAAAAUGUAUUACUAUUAGAUACAUAUUGCUAUAUCAAUAUUUCAUUAUGAUGUUGCAACUAAACUCUCCUGAUAGGUACCUAUGUAAAAAUUGUAAAAAAUAUAUACUCGAAUCGUAAGUUGGUAGUUGGUUUUGUUUUUUUUCUGUCAUCUGUGUCUCAUUCUAUGAUUCUGAUUUUUAUAUCAAUUUUAUACCUAUUUAAUAUCGACGUGACUAGUAUUGCAGGUAUAAAUUUUAACACGG